GUAAGUAGGUACUGCAAUGUUUCAGUAUAAGGGAAGUAAUUUUAAAUUGUUCAUUUAUUUAUUUUAAAACUGUACAAUACUGUUUAAUUGAAAAAUAUAAUUCUUCAUGUCAGCCGUAAAAAUGAAGAUUCCGGAAGACAAUAUUACAACGUAUCUGACAAUGAGAAGUCACUUUAAAAAAAUAUAUGAUGUAAGACCUAGGGUAAACUGUUGGUCAGAAGCUUGUCCAAGUAAAAGAUUAUUAAAAAAUACUAUCAAUAUUCGUGAUUUUCAAGUUUUGCCACAUUACUGUAAUUCAACGAUUAGUUCUGCAGCAAAAAAAUCAAAGCAACAAAAAUAUGAUAAUAAUAAGUUAUCUCGGUCACCACCAAGUAAAAAAAAAUCUAUGAAUAGAAACUUAAGCUAUGAAUGUCCAUAUAACGAUGACGAUUUUGGGUUUGGAUCGGUUGAAAAUAAUAAUCGAACAUAUUAUACUCCUGAAACUCACCACCCUCACCUUGCAGAAAACACACAUAAGACAAUAAGAAGCCAGCAACAUAAUCCAUUACAUUCAGAUCAUCCAAAAGAAACAACUAAAAAAAAAAAUAAAUUUUUUCAAAAUACAAUGAAUGAAUCAUACCAACGUUUUCUUGAAGAAAUGACAAACGAAGUAGUACGACUUGACCUGUCGACAGAUAAAGCAUUAAAAAAUGUUUUUCGUAAACAUAUAAAACACAAUAUUGGAAAACUUGAUGAGAAAAAAAUGGUGGCAGAAGUGAUGAAAGUACAAGCAUUAUUGGAUUUACCAAUGGAUAAUGAUGAUCGAUAUUCUGGAAUUGACGACAUGCCCACACUUUCAGCAAACGAUGCAACUAAUCAACAUAAUUUACCAGCUGCACUAAAAUCUGAAAAAUGAUUUUUAAAUUAUCAAAAUCCUUAAAAUAAUGUGAACAGUUUUUAUUAUUUUAUUUUUGUUUAA